CGACCCGACCAUUUGCCACUCCUUUCUUACUUGACUACUUAAAAGACGGAAUCACAGCCGUAGCAGAGGCUUUCAACAGUGCGAGUCUACGCGAGAUCAUCUGAUUUUCUCUCAAAUUUAUUGAAGAAAUGGCUCAAUCAGCAAAACCGAUCUCGAGUCCAGUACCUGAUGCGUGGUACCCAACCCUAGCAGUGUUCAUGCUUGCAAUUGGUCUUGUUGUAACUGCUUCAUUUUUCAUCUAUGAAGCUACUUCUCCGAGGAAAUACCGCAGUCUUGCAAAGGAGCUUGUAACAGGGACAGUGGCGUCUGUUUUCUUGGGUUUCGGAUCCUUGUUUUUGCUACUUGCUUCCGGCGUAUAUGUUUGAUCCAUCCUCAUGGAUAGAGAUAUGAAGUUUUUUACUAAUGUUCUUACAUGAUCGGUUUUUAGUACUGCUGUGAUUUUAUAUGACUUAUCGUUGAAGACAGUAUCUAUAGAACUGAUUAUUAUCACCUAGUGCAGUCUGAGAAUUUAUAACUUAAUGGCAAGCAUUGGAGAACCAGUUUAAAAUUUUCUGAGGUACAAGAAAAUACUUCUUAUGAUCA